AUGGGCCUCAUCAGCCGCAAAUCCGGCAGCGAGAAAAAGGUCCACGCUUUCUCCAGCAGCGAUUCCUCCAGCCCCACCCCCGGUCGUCCCGCAGAGACGAUGGAAUUGGACGAUAUGAAAGACCCCAAGACGCGUCUAAAGCGGGGGUUGAAGAGUAGGCAGAUCACUAUGAUUGCGAUUGGGGGUGCUAUUGGGACAGGUCUCAUCAUCGGCACGGGCGCCGCGCUCGCGAAAGCGGGGCCUGCGAGUAUUUUGAUCGCCUAUACCAUUGUGGGGUUUGUCGUUUAUAUGGUGAUGUGCGCUUUGGGGGAGAUGGCGGCGUGGUUGCCGUUGGAGAGUGGGUUUACUGGGGCUGGUGAUGGACCUGGAGAUCUCAUCACAACGCCUAAUCAGUUGACAGCUGGAGCGUUGGUCAUCCAAUACUGGGUUGAUAGGGACAGAGUAAAUCCGGGGGUCUUCAUAGCGGUCUUCCUGGUCGCGAUCGUUCUCAUCAAUUUUUUGGGUAUCAGAUUCUUCGGAGAGUUCGAAUUCUGGCUCUCAUCAAUCAAAGUCCUAACGAUCGUGGGAUUGCUCUUGCUCUCCUUGAUCCUCAUGCUUGGUGGUGGACCAGACCACGAUCGCAAAGGCUUUCGAUACUGGAAUGAUCCUGGUGCUUUCAAGCCGCUGUAUAAAAAGGGAUCAGCAGGCAAUUUCAUUGGCUUGUGGUCCACCAUGGUCACCGCCGUCUUUGCUUAUCUGGGUACUGAACUUGUUGGCGUAACCGUUGGCGAGGCGCAGAACCCGCGUAAAGUCAUCCCACGAGCGAUCAAGCUGACCUUCUGGCGUAUCGUCGUCUUUUACGUCCUUUCAGUCCUCCUCAUCGGCACCCUCGUGCCGUAUAACUCGCCCCGCCUCUCCUUUGCAAAUAAGCAGAGCACAGGUGCCUCCGCUUCUCCGUUCGUAGUUGCAAUCGCGUCGAGCGGUAUCAAGGCUCUCCCUGGUUUUGUCAUCAGUAAUGCUUGCAUUCUCAUUUUCGUCUUCUCCGCCUCAAAUUCCGAUCUUUAUAUCGGCACUCGAACCCUCUACGGCAUCGCCAAAGAAGGUAAAGCCCACCGCAUCUUUGCCCGCACCAACAGACGCGGUCUCCCUAUGUAUUCUCUGGGGCUCUGCUCGCUCAUCGCCUGCAUCGCUUUCCUAAACGUCUCGGAUGACUCGCGAAAGGUGUUCGGCUAUUUCGUCAAUCUUGUCACCAUCUUUGGUCUCUUGACCUGGAUCUCGAUAUUGGUGACUCACAUAUACUUUGUCAAAGCUCGACGCGCGCAAGGUAUUACAAAGGAUCAGAUGGCCUACACAGCGCCAUUUGGACUGUAUGGCACGUACUUUGCCCUGGUGUUUUGCAUCUUGAUUGCCAUCUUCAAGAACUUCGACGCAUUUGUGCAUGUAUCGACACGAGACCCGCCAGGUUUUGAUUACAAGAAUUUCAUCACUGGAUAUUUGGGUAUUCCAUUGUAUUUGUUUAUGAUCUUCGGUUGGAAGUUUAGGAUGAAGACUAAGACAUGGGGACCGCUGGAGGCCGAUUUCUAUACUGGGAAAGAUGUGAUUGAUGCGGAAGAAGAAGAGUUUCUGGCAAACAAGGACAGAGAGAUGGAUGAAAAGGGUGGGAAAGGGAAGGGAGGAUCGUUUUACAGGAAAUUUGUUGCUUGGCUGUUCUGA